CUCGCCGCCGCGGGUUCCGCCGGCAGCCCCCGCCUCCCGCUGCCCGGCGGCAGAGGCGGGGCGGGCGGGCCAUGCCGGGCGGCGGGGCCAUCUUGCGGCGGGCGCUGCGGGGAGCGGCGGGCGGGAGCCGCGCUGCCAUGUCUUCACAGUCUCACUGGUUGACGACAGAGGAGAGGAGCCAAGUUUUACUGGAUCUCAAAGCUUCAGGCUGGUCUGAGUUAGGUGAAAGAGAUGCCAUCUACAAAGAGUUCAAUUUCAAAAAUUUUAAUCAGGCUUUUGGAUUUAUGACACGUGUUGCUCUGCAAGCAGAGAAGAUGAAUCACCACCCAGAAUGGUUCAACGUGUACAACAAGGUUCAGAUAACUCUGAUUUCCCACGACUGCGGUGGACUGACCAAGAGAGAUGUGAAGCUGGCUCAGUUUAUCAACAAAGCUGCUGCCUCAGUGUAGCCAGGAUGUAAAAUGCUUUAAUACAGUGUCCGCCAAUAUUUUGCAUUUAAAUGGGAUCCCUCAUUUCUUGUAACUGACUUCACAAAAUCCCUGAGACAAGAUAUUUUGGAGAAAGAGUGGCUUAGCUUGCUUUGCCUUUUACCUGAGACCCUCUGAUGCCUGUGCGUGUCCUUUGCCAUUGCUGGCUCUGCCUGGGGAUGUAGUAGAUAAACCAGCAACAAGUAAGUUUGGCACAAUCCUUUCCUAGAAACUGAACAGAGCUGGAAUGAAAGCAGGAGCCCCCCACUGGUGUUCCCCAAGCCCACAGUAGCCAAGGCUGGUGGCAGCUGCCAUAUGAGCCUGCCCUCUGUCCAGCUGCUUCCCUCCUGUGGAUCUGUACAUCUUUGCUCUUCAAACAAUGUAAAAGCAGCCAGGCUGGCUCAGUCCCCUCUGCCUUGGCACCUCCAUCUCUGCCAGUGACCGGUGACAAGCACAGGGAUGCUGGUCAGAGCUGUGCAGCAGCUGAUGAUGUUUCCUUGAAGCUGCAACUCAAGCAGCAGUUACAGCUUUGCAUGUUGAUGUUUAUUUGGUGCUUGUCUGAUGAUGGAUCUUUGAACCCACCUGCCUCUUGGUACCCACAGCCUGGCAGCUACAUCCAGCAGAAGUCCUGAGAACCCUUCUCCACCUGAGAUGCAGGGCAGGAUCCUGCAGUUGCUAAAAGCUUUACCUCUGGUCCAGCAAAAAAAAAAAUCCCAGUGAGGUCCCAGUACUCACAGCAUUGAAGGAAGCCUGUGCUGAAGUGCUCGGCCAGGCAGGCUCAGUGCUCAGCACCUUGCAGGAUGGAGCCAUUAUUUGUGUUGUAACACUCUUGUACCUGCUGGGUCAGGGUGGGGGGGCUUGGCUGGGUGCCUGGAGUCUGGUUGGAGCUGAAGGAAGCAGCAUUAGCAGGAUUCUUGCUAAGCUGGGCUAAGCUGAAACUAUGCUCACCCUCUUCCUUGUUUGUUUGGGGUUUUUUUUGUAGCUACAAUUACUCAUCGCAGACGUUGUUCCAAGAGCUGCAGAUCCCACUGACAGGGUUGAAAAUAAUUUCUUCCAUAGUUUCAAAGUCUUUGUUUUUAUCCUAUGAUCCUCACUGAGACACAUUUCCACUGCUGGCAAGGAGGUUCCAGCCUGCUCGGGGCUGACAGGAAAGCGUGAUCCUGCUGCCAAGUGUCCCCAGCAUGCAGCAUCAUGCCCUGCCAGCAGCUCUGGCUGUCGAGCUCCUGGGAGCCUGACAGCUCCAGGAUGGGGAGACUGACAGCUCCAGGAUGGGGAGACUGACAGCUCCAGGAUGCCUGAGCUGAUUGCUCGGGUGGUCCCGGCAGCACAGCUCCUGGCUCCCCACCUGGGAGGUGCACGGGUGCCAACAUCUGCAUCAGGUGGAUCAGUGGGGUGUGUGGUCUGGCAGGGGCUUGGGAUGCAAAAUACCAGUAGCUGCCCUGCAAGGAGUGGCCUUGGUAAAAUAAGAAAGGCAUUUUUGGUUAAUCCUCAGCAAGUGCACUGUCAGGUGCUAAUUGGUCGCAGGAAGCAAGAUGUUGGGGUUUAUUGUCAGUAACUCUGCUUGGGGCGUCGAGUGAAUACCUGAAAAGAUCCAGAUUGGGACUACGUGCCCAAGUGUUCUUUGCUUGCAAGUGCCUUUCCCUGGGGAAGCUGCAGAUUUCCCCGAUAUGGUUUGGAAAUGAUCACUGUUGUGAGGAAUGAAUAAAACUAAACCAAACAACCAGGCUGUGAAGUCUCCUGUUACUGGUGGGGAAGUGGAACGAGCUUCAUGCAAAGUUUUGACAACAUCCCUAAUGAACUGUGAAAACUCUGUUGUUAGAAAUUGAUACAUAAUGCGUGUGCUUUGAAUAAAACCAAUAAAAUCAAAUUCCUCCUUUGUAA